AUGAGGCUGUGGUGCGCACUCGUUGGUGAACGCUUCGUGUUCACUGUCCGAAUUGACCAGGAUAAGGGCGUAGACGCCUUAAAAGUUGAGAUCAAGAGCAUACUAUCGAGCUUGAUCACGUGUGAUUCUAGCGAGCUGCAGCUCUUCCUGGCCAAGAAGGACGACACAUGGCUACUCGUGGAGCACGAUGUCGAGAAGAAUAGGGCAAGUAUCAGCGGGCUGAAGCUUUUGGAGUCGCAAGCAUUUCUAUCGAGCGUCGGAUUGUCCGAGGAAGACCUUGUGGCUGAUAAAGACCCUCAAGCCACUGGAGACGACCCAGUGCAUGUGAUUGUGCGGGUGUUAUCGGGGAUUGACAUUGUACUUGAGGAAGAUAAGGGCGACUGGCAGACCGAACUGGAAUAUUAUCAACAAGUUGGCGAGACGAUCAAAGACAACCGCAAAUGA